AUGAAAGGAGGAGAUAUUUCCCCUUGCUUUUCUUCCUUCUCAGGUGGAAAUCAGUGGCACCAAACACUUACGUACGUGCGGAUACCCUUCGUGGACCUUACCCAAAUCCGUAUCAUGGAUCUGUGCUCCACAGUGAACUGUCAUGCAAUUCUAUAAAAUGGUGAGCGCGCCAUUGAUGAUAUUCCACGAGCAACAGGAAAGAAUCCUCUUCAAGGAUGGCAAAAGCCUCGGUUUCCAGCACCACCUGCUUCUUCCUUCUCUUCCUGUAUUCUCUUCCACUUUUCCAACUCACUGGUGCAAGACGCACAAACCUGUACCUUCGGACUGUCGAGAUCGAUGCGCUGCUCCGGCCACCAAGCAGAUGCAACGCCGGAAAAGCUGAAGGUCUGACCAACGGUGAGGAAGGUCCGUCGGCCAUGAAACUAGUCGAUCGGCACGGCCCAUGUUCGCCCUUCCAUGGAAACGUGAGAUCCACCAGCAACAGCCAACUCGCAAUUCUCCAGCGCGACCGGUCCCGGGUCAACUGGAUCAACUCCAGGAUAUCUUCUUCUCUAUCACCACCACCUAAUGAGCAGCCACAGGACCUGUUCAGCACGGAUGCCACCGUAAGCAUUCCGGCCAAACCAGGCAACGAACUGGACGUCGGGAACUACAUCGUCACGGUGGGUCUAGGCACGCCCAAGGUGGACUUCAACCUGAUCUUUGACACGGCCAGCGACCUCACCUGGGUCCAGUGCGAGCCCUGUUCCGGCUAUUGCUACCCACAACAGGGAACCAGGUUCGUCCCCUCAGCCUCCGCCACAUAUAAAAACAUAGCCUGCUCUGCGCAAGAGUGCGCCGACGUGAAGCUCGAGUCUGGGUUCAACGACUGCAAGUCUUCCAACUGCAUCUACGGGGUGGCUUACGGAGACCGAUCCUACACCGUCGGCUACCUGAGUCAAGAUACCCUGACCUUGACUGCCAACGACUCGGCCGCUGGUUUCAUCUUCGGCUGCGGGCAAAACAACCAAGGGCUGUUCGGGUUAGCCGGCGGACUUCUCGGACUAGGACGCAGCAAGUUAUCGGCCAUAUCCCAAACUGCCCAGAAGUACGGCAGCGUGUUUGCCUACUGCCUGCCGACGUCCGGCGAGGUCGGGCAGCUGACCUUCGGCCCCGACUCGUCAUACUCCACCGCUAAGUACACGCCGCUGCUACACCGCGAUCGCCCCUUCUACUUCGUCUCGGUCACUGGGAUGAGCGUAGGCGCGCAGCCGUUGCCUGUUGCUCCUUCCGUCUUCGCGACUUCCGGCACCAUAACGGACUCCGGGACGGUGAUCACCCGGCUGUCGCCUGCGGCCUACGACGCAUUGCGUUCUGCUUUUCGAGCCGCCAUGGCAAAGUAUAAGAUGGCGGAUCCAUUGAGUAUCUUGGACACAUGCUAUGAUUUCUCCAACACCACAACGAUUGAGUAUCCUUAUAUUACAUUCCACUUCCAGGGGGGAACCGAUUUGGUGCUUGAUGCUUUCAAUAUCUUCUACAUUGCGUCUGCAUCCCAAAUCUGCCUGGCGUUUGCCGCCAACAGCAAUGAGACGGAUGUGAAUAUCAUAGCCAACAUACAGCAGAGGAAGACUCUGAUAGUGCAUGACAUCCCCAACUCAAGGAUUGGGUUUCAACAAAAUGCCUGUAAUUGAUUAAGUUUUUCAUGCACCAUCCUUUUCGUUUUCCCACAAUAUAUAGUGGAAAACAUGUAAUAUAAUGGAAGCAUCGCUUCUGACAUCAUUUACGUGCGUUUGAAAUAAAAUGACUGCCGAUUUCCGAACUAUUAAA